CCACCCGCCUCGAGACCGUAUACGCACGCGUGGAGGAAACCGACCGGAUGAAAUCGGUUCCACGACACACCGAAAGUUACCAAAACUCGAGAAAACACGUUUGAACGAGAUUUGUCGUGCAUCGGCAUUCACGGACCGUUUGAGCCCCCCUGUGUUUAUUAUGGUAUGCUGAGAGACAGGGCAGCAGCCAUGCGUGGGAGUUUGCUGUUUUUGGUGUGUGUGCUGUUCAUGUGUGUUAUGGACGAGACGUCGGCGUGUCUCAUCAUCAGCGAGGUGAACUGUGAUAACCCCAGCCUGGACACUCAGGAGUUUGUCGAGUUGUACUACGAGGGUACGAAUCCCACUUCUCUGGAUGGGUACACGCUGGUAUUCUACAACGGCAACGGAGACUUCGCUUACCGCAUCAUCGACCUCACCGGGCAUCAGACAGACCAGCGAGGCUACUUUUUAGUUGGAUCCUCCGAACUGACGCCCCGCCCUGCCAUCUCUCUCCCGCCCAACUUGAUUCAAAACGGACCGGAUGCCAUCGCGCUCUACGGGCCCAACUGGGCACCAGUUCUUGUGAACGGACAGGUUUCAGGAGUGGGUUUGUUGGAUGCAGUGGUAUACACUUCCCGUAAAUCCGCAGGGGGUGCCGAUGGGCUCGCGUCAGUUCUGACUCCAGGCUCGGUCCCGUACGUGGAGGAUGACAAGGCUCUGGAGGGCGACGAAUCUAUUCAGCGCUGCUGGCAGUCCAACAACCUCUGGACGUAUCACACUGGACCACCGACUCCUGGAUGGGUCAAUCAUUGCCCGGCGCCAACCCCCGGCCUCGUGUGGAUCAAUGAGGUUGACCUCGGUGGACCAGACAAACAGGGAAUGGUAGAACUUAAUGUCGGCGUGGCAUCAGGAACCUUUUCUGUGGUACUUUAUGACAUCAGCACUGAUCUUAUUAGCACAAGUGUGGAGUUGAGCGUGAAACAGGCCGGGAUCUUUACUGUGUCUGUGGAUACUAGCCGUUUGUCAAUGCAACAAAGUGCAGGUCUGGCCGUUUAUAAAGGCCCGGCAUCAAACUUUCAGAAGGACGGCACCCUCAGCCCCCAGCAACCAAUCGAUGCCUUUGUUCUUAGCGACACCACGAACAUGCCCAGUGACAACCUCACAGAGAUGCUGAUUCCUGGGAGGAAACCAGUAAUAGUCUCAGAAGGUUUUCAGACAUCGGGAUUCUCCAGCAGCCGCUGCGGCGUUGCAGAAUGGACGAGAGAUCCGGGUCUGUUUGUAAAGAGACCCCCGAGUCACGGAAAACCCAACGACUGCUCUUGGUUUCAGACCUGUCCACGUAACAUCACCUCUUACACGUCAGGCUCGGGGCGGAGUCAGCCUUCCUUUCACAGCUCUGAAGAUUUUCUGAUCAGUGAGAUCAACACGGAUUCGCCGGGUCCGGCAGAGGAUGAGGAGUUCAUCGAGCUGUGGCAUCCGUCCGGCUCGCGUAUGUUCCUGGACUUCAUCUGGCUGGUGAUGAUCAACGGACAGACGGGAGAAAUUUAUUACGAGCUGGAGCUGAAUGAAUACUACACUGAUGAGGACGGAUUCUUCCUGAUUGGCAGCGAUAACGUCGGCGCAGACAUCACAAUCCCAGCAAACACCAUUCAGAACGGACCUGACGCCAUAGCGUUGUACCGCAGCGAGUCUCCGCCCUCCAAACAGAAUCAGCCUAUUCCACGGGACGGUUUGUUGGACGCGGUCGUUUACCGCGCUCGCGGGUCUGAUAAAAAAACAGCGGAGCUCACAGAAGCUUUAACACCGGGACAGCUCCCCCUGCUGGAGGAUAUCAACGCCUCACCUGGCGAUGAGAGCCUGUCCCGCUGUGGAACUGACAGACUCAAUCUUAGUGCUUACAGGGUUUCUGCUCCCACGCCGAGGAAACAGAACGGCUGUCCCCCCGAACCCACUAUAGCCCCGGGCCUAGAUAGUGUCUUCAUCAAUGAAGUGGGCAGGAUCUGUGCAGCUAACCAAUCCCUGGGAAGAUUUUUUGUCGAGUUGAUGGGUCCGCCGUUGAUUAAUCUGCAAGGAUUUGUUUUGGUUUUUGUUAAAAAAGGAAAUAAAAAGUUUUCCGUCUCACUGAAAAUGGCCAGCAUGGGAAAAGAUGGACUGUAUCUAGUGGACAAUGUCUUUGGAGCAGAUCUCAGAUCAGUGGUGUUGUGUUUUGAAGCGUCGGGGUCAGGUGUUUGUGAGAGUGACUCGUUAGAAACAUAUCGCUACGACUUUAAAGACGAAGAGAAGUUAUGUGAAACAAACAGGUUGGAUUCUGCAUCUCGCUGUGCGUCGGUCACACAGAAUGUUUCCUGGAUUUAUUCUCAAGCGACUCCACGUCUGCCAAACCUGUGCCCAAGUCCUUCAUUCUCCACCUCGCUGGAUCUGUGCAUACCAUCAGAAGAGAAAAACUGGAAGGGAAAUUCAGGAAAUUGCACCAGGGAUGAUGUUGCUGUUGAAUUAGAGAAGUUAUGUAACUGUGGAAUUUCAGCUUUACAUCUCCAAGGUGUAAAUGUGUCCUGUGAGUCAGGCAUUAUGCAUGCCCACGGGCCUGCUGCUUCUAUUUCUGACCACCAGAGGGAGCAGGUCAAUGAAAUACUCAAAACCAAAGAUCUGUCUUGUUCUGCUGCACAGGAUCAACAGGUUCAUGGAGCAGGGUCAUCUGUCGGCCUGCAGGUGGGGCUCAUGCUCAUAGCGGUUCUGCUGUUUGGAUUCGGUGCAGCUGUGUUUGUCUACCUGUACAAGAGAAGACGACCUGCUGAUUAUCUCUCAAUGCAGAUGAGUGAACAACCCGAGAUGCCAUUAGAGCUCUAGUUCAUUUGCUUCUGUGUGUGUGUGCAGAGCUGGUUAGUAACUGAUUAAAAUCAAGUACUUUUAAUUGAAUUACUUUACAUUUUAAAAUACUCUUAAUCAGAGUACAGUUACUAUUUUAUUACUGAUUACAUGACAGAUAGAUUACAUUACAUGCUACUUUUUAUUUUUUGUUUAGCCUACCACUUUUACUGUUAAGACAACCAACCAACCCACGAUAGUGAGUCUAACAUGUUUUUGUUGACAAGCAUUUAUGUUCGCUGUGUAUUGUGCAAGCACAGUGUUAACUUCACAAUCUAGCAACAAUGCAUGUUUUGCGCGAUUAGUGCAAAUCACAACAUUCAUUGCGAAACUGAAACUGUGUGUGUGUGUGUGUGUGUGUGUGUUUGUUUCUUUGUUUAUAAAGGUUAGGCAAUAUUUACAUUCCAAGAAUUGUCUUAAUGUGUUUAGGAACAAUGUUGUAUUUUUUAAAUGUGUAAAUUGUUGUUUGUCAUGUUUUUAAUUCAGUUCAUGCAUACUUUCGCUGAAGGACUUCUAGCGGCGUCACACACGUACAAUGUUAUAGAUAACGCUGCUUAAAUCUUUUGUGCAAACCAUUGACUUCAGAAAUCAACAAAUGAAUAAGAUAUGCAAUAACAUUUUUAGAUAUGUAAAACGUUGAUCUUUAUGAAUAGUGAUAAACCUUUGUUUAGGGCAUCAGACUCAACCUUUCACUGUAACGCAUUGUUUUUGCGUGUUUACGGAUUAACUUUUAUGUAUCAUCUGUACUUUGAAGUUGUUGUAAUGUGUUCUCAGGUUUAUCAGAUCAAUGUUUUGGAAGAGAGUCCACAGAACGGUUAGUCUCAGUAGUUUUACUCGUGGACUGGUUAUCUUCUUGACUUUGAAUUGUAGGGUAUAGCCACAGCUUCCACGCUUGACCGGCAGUGAGAAGUCUAGACAAAACAGAAAAGCCCAGGAAAUAAAGAGUGAAAGGCUGUUCUGUGUUUUUGCCAGAAUAGAAAUAAAUUUGGCGUGUGUUCUAUCAUAUGGUUGACGUUUUUAUCUUGUAGAGAAAUUUAAUUUUAAUUGUCAGUUGUUUGUUGCUCUUUGUCGAUUUGUAAAUUUUGUAAAAUACAAUCAAAAUAAAAGACGAAUGUGGA